GCCCCCGGCUCUCUUUCGCUCUCUGUGUCUCUCUCGCUCUUCCCGGCUCGGCGGCCGUUGGUUGCGGCAGGGAGGCGACAAGAUGGCGGCGGCGGGCGGCGACUGCGACGUGAUCAUGGCCCCCGCGGCGGCCUCCGUCCCCCACCCGGAGCCGCCGGCGAUGUUCGACGAGGACGAGGACGCGGGCGCGCGCAGGGAAGCAGAGUCCUUCAAGGAGCAAGGAAAUGCCUUUUAUGCCAAGAAAGACUACAACGAAGCGUACAACUAUUAUACAAAAGCCAUAGAUACGUGUCCCAGCAAUGCCAGUUACUAUGGAAACCGAGCAGCCACUCUGAUGAUGCUUGGCAGGUUUCGGGAGGCCCUCGGGGACGCCCAGCAGUCUAUCAGGAUGGACGAUAGCUUCGUGAGGGGACAUCUUCGGGAGGGCAAGUGCCACCUCUGUCUGGGGAACGCCAUGGCCGCCAGCCGCUGCUUCCAACGAGCUCUAGAACUAGAUCACAAAAACGCACAAGCGCAGCAAGAGCUUAACAACGCCAGGGCUGUCUUGGAGUACGAGAAGAUUGCAGACGCAGACUUUGAGAAGCGAGAUUUUCGGAAGGUGGUCUUUUGCAUGGACCGUGCGUUAGAGUUUGCCCCCGCCUGCCACCGGUUCAAAAUCCUCAAAGCAGAAUGCUUAGCAUUACUAGGUCGCUAUCCUGAAGCACAGUCGGUCGCAAGUGACAUCUUGCGAAUAGACGCCACAAACGCCGAUGCCCUCUACGUCCGAGGGCUCUUUUACUACGAGGACUGCAUCGAGAAGGCUGUGCAGUUCUUUGUCCAAGCGCUGAGGAUGGCCCCAGACCACGACAAAGCCUGCGUCGCCUGCCGUAACGCCAAAGCGCUGAAAGCGAAGAAGGACGACGGCAACAAGGCCUUCAAGGAAGGGAAUUACCAGCUAGCUUUUGACCUGUACACAGAGGCCCUGGCAAUAGACCCAAACAACAGGAAAACCAACGCCAAACUCUACUGCAAUCGGGGGACGGUGAACUCCAAACUUAGGAAGCUAGACGAAGCGAUAGAAGACUGCACAAACGUCAGACUGGACGACACGUACAUCAAAGCCUACCUGCGGAGAGCACAGUGUUACAUGGACACAGAGCAAUUUGAAGAGGCCGUAAGGGAUUACGUAAGGGAUUAUGAGAGUUACCAGACGGAGAAGACAAAAGAACACAAGCAACUUCUCAAAAAUGCUCAACUGGAACUAAAGAAAAGCAAAAGGAAAGACUAUUACAAGAUUCUGGGGGUGGAUAAGAAUGCCUCUGAAGAUGAGAUCAAAAAGGCGUAUCGGAAGCGGGCUCUGAUGCAUCACCCAGAUCGGCACAGCAGCGCGAGCGCGGAGAUCCAGAAGGAGGAAGAAAAGAAGUUCAAGGAGGUUGGCGAAGCCUUCACCAUCCUCUCCGAUCCAAAGAAAAAAGCCCGCUACGACAGCGGGCAAGAUCUGGAGGAAGAUGGCAUGAAUAUGGGAGACUUCGACGCUAACAACAUCUUCAAGGCUUUCUUCGGUGGGCCAGGAGGCUUUAGUUUUGAAGCUUCUGGUCCGGGAAAUUUCUUUUUCCAGUUUGGCUAAACCGGCGAAGAGGCCAGCCUCCUUUUGCGAAACCCACGUUUCCCCCCCGACCUGCUUCUUUUAACCUCGAGUUACGUUCUCCCUUCAUCGCAUCUCGCCGAUCAGUAGGGCCGUGGCGUUUUCACCAUUGGAGACCUCAGUUUUUUUGUGUGUGUGUGUGUGCUUUGAGUGACGAGAGAAACCGGCACUUGGAGAGAGAGAGAGAGAGAGAGAAGGGGAGCAGGCAAUGAAAGAGGAAUAUGCUUCCUUUUUUGUUUGUUUGUUUGUUUUACUGUUUAAUUUUAUUAAAAAAAAUAGCAAAAUAAAAUCUUCUGGUUCCUCCUCGAAAA